CUGCCUCAAAAUAAGACUAAGGGGGCCGGGGAUGUAGCUCAGUGGUUUCGCUGCCUGCUGCGCAAGCGCAUGGAUCCAAGUUCAAUCCCCAGUACCAAAAAAAAAUAAGACUAAGGGGUGUGGUUGCAGCUCAGCAUGGAGGAGACCCGGCUCCAGUUCACUGCCGGACACACACACCCGAGUGCCCGCACCCCCCAGCAGCAGACAUGGGACUGCAGCUGCCCCAAACCUGGCCUGUCCCUUUGUCCCGCUGAGCUCCGACCCAGACCCAGCUGGGAGUGGGCCUGUCACCCUGCACACUGCUGACGCCGGCCCUGAGCUGGGGGGGGUCAGUGGGGGUGUGGGCGCUUUGUGGGGGCAGGGCGGUCCCUGGAGGCCCAGGGCGAGCACCAGGCGAGGUGGAAUUGAAACCACCACGUGCAGGAGGCUUCGUGGGAGCAACAGUGCUGAAACCACAGAGAGGGAAGUUUCCUCCUUGUCCCUUGGUGUGAGGCGGGGACCCGGGCGCAGGUGGGGCAGGUGGCUGUGAGCCCCUGAGCUGUGUGUGGUGGGGCCCUGGAAAGUAAAGAGUGGGCAGCAGUGGGCACAAGGGCCCCUUCAAGGCCCAGGGAGGCGGCCCAGGGCUGCUGUCGCAAUGCCACAAGCCCUUUGAAGAGCUGGGCGUGGUGAUGCACGCCUGUAAUCCCAGCAUUUGGGAGGCUGAGGCGAGAGGAUCCCCUGAAUCCAAGGUCAGCCUGGGCUACAGAGACCUGUCUCAAACUAAAACAAAAACAACUCUUGUGGGGUCCGGGGAUUUAGCUCAGUGGUGCCCACAGUGGCCUCGAAAGCUCCAGGUCCUGAGUUCGAUCCCCAGUACCAAAACAAAAAACAAACCCUUUUGGUACCCCAGCUGUUAUUCUGUUGGUGUACCAUUGUGUGCCUGUUUGGGGUGGCUCGUAGUCCAGUAUGGCUGCUCUCGUUCCAGCCAUUGUGUCCACAUUCCAGCCAGUGGAAGAGGAGGGGGAAAAGGAGAUUCCCUCCAGGGAAACAUCCUAGGAGUCACCCUGGACCUCCCCCUCACAUCUUUAUUCCAGAAGAUGUUGUCUGCCCCAGGUGUCAAGGAGGGGCACUGUGAGAUAUGGAGCAGCCACAGGCCCCGCUGCUCUCAGGAGUGAGGUGUGGUAGCCGGGGUGCUCUUGCUCCAGCUGGGACCCCGGCACCCAGAAAGGGCCCGGGGCCCUCCGGCCACCAGCUCUCACUGCCUGACGGCCCUGCUGGGAAGCCCUGGGCAGCCCUGUGUGUUUCCUGUGAAGGAAACCCAGCUGCUCCCAAGCAAGGGGCGCUGGAGGCUUCUGGGUCUGUGGGCUCCCCAUGCCUGGGGUUUCCAGGUGGGGCACUGAGGUCAGAAUCAGGGUUGGGGGGUCCUGGAGGAGGCCAGCCUGGGAAGAGAGAUCCCUUUUAGAAGCCCCGCGCCCCAGGCCUUUCUAUUCCUUAUUUUGAGACAAGGUAUUGUAUAGGGUGGGCUCGAAUUUGUGAUCCUCCUGCCUCAGCCUCCUAGAGGAGACAUUUUAUUUUAUUUAUUUUUUAGGAGACAUUUAAAAAAUAAAAUCUAAGGGCUGGGGAUUUAGCUCAGUGGUUCCACCGACUGCCUCGAAAGCGCAAAGUUCGGAGUUCGAUCCCCAGUAGCCCCCCACCCCCACAAAAAAGAAAAAUCUAAGUCAGGCGUGGUGGCACACACCUGUGGUCCCAUUUGGGGAGGCUGAAGCGGGAGGAUCUGGAGCUGCAGCCCAGCCGGGACAACUUAGCAGCUUAGCAUGACCCUGCCUCAAAAAAUGAAAAACGUGGGGAUGUGGCUCAGGGCAGAGGACAUGGGUUCAACCCCGGCGGGGGCGGGGGGAAGGAAAAGUGAAAGAGGAGUUUGGGCCGGGCUAGUGCGGCAGGUGCUGGCGGGCGGGGAGGUGCUGGGUUGGUUUGCGCGCCGGAGCACAGCCGGGAGCUGGCAGCGCGCAGCAGGAUGGGGGCGCAGGCCUCGAGUCCCCUGGACAGGCGGCAGCGCGAGGAGCUGCAGGGCCGGGUGUCCACGCUGCUGGGCAGCUUCCUGCCUGGUUAUCGCGCGCAGCUGGCGGUGGCCGUGCUGCGGCAAAUCGCGCUCGAGCUGCGCCCCCAGGAGCCCUCGGGACCCCAGCUGAGCCGCAGCAAGAAGCUGCCCCGAGUACGAGAGCACCGCGGGCCCCUCGCCCAGUUGCGCGGCCGCCCGCCGCGGGGGCAGCCCGUGUUCUGCGUCCUGCGCGGGGAUGGGAGGCUGGAGUGGUUCGGCCGCCAGGAGGACUUCGAGGCCGGGCGGCCUCCGCUGGGCGCGGUGGCGCUCACGGGCUACGCGCUCCUGACCUCGCAGCGCGAGUACCUGCACCUGCUCCGCGGGCUGGGCCCGGGCCCCGAGGCGCUUGGGCCGCCGCCCCCCGCAGGCUCUGAGCCGCUCCUGGAGGCGCCCGUGCGCGCCCCGCUCCUCCUGCAGCACCCCUUCCGCCGGCACCUCUGCUUCUCCGCGCCGUCUGCCGAGGCGCAGCACGCCUGGAGCCUGGCCCUGCAGGGUGGCAUCCGACUUCGGGGCACAGUCCUGCAGCGCAGCCGGGACCCAGCGGCCCGCGCCUUCCUGGACGCCGUGCGGCUCUACCGGCAGCAGCGGGGCCACUUCGGCGAGGACGACGCGAUGCUGGGCUCAGACGCCGAGGUGCUGAGCGCGGUGUUGCUUCGGGAGCUGCUGCCUGAAUGGACGAGGACGGAGGGCGCCGCGGCGGGGCGCGGGGGGGCCUGGGCGUUGACCGAGCUCCUGGACGCCGUCUACGGCGUGGUUCUGGCCGCGGCCUCCGCCGGGCUACGCGCCUUCCAGCCGGAGAAGGACGAGCUGCUCGCGGGCCUGGAGCUGGCCCUGCGCCCCGACCUGGAGCACACGCUGCGGCUGCGCACGCGUGCCGCGGGCAGGCUGCAGGCGGAAGUCCAGGCCCGGCUGGAGGCCUGCCUGCAACGGAGCGUGGACCUGCAGCUGCCCCAGCUUGUGCGGACGCUGCUGAGCACCGUAGAGCGCGUGCUGGGCACCGUGCAGACGCUGCUCGCUCGGGGCGUGGACCGCGUGUGCAGCCGCCUGCGAGAGAGCCAGCUGGGGGCGAGGCUGCGAGGAGCGGUGCACUCGCUCGGGGAGCUGCCCUGGGACCCCGAGCUCAUGCACCUCUGCUACGGAGAGGCUGAGCGCGGCCGGGGCCGCCUGGGGCAGCUGGCGGCUUCGUUCGGCUUCCUGGGGACGCAGAGCCUAGUGUUUGGGGCGCAGGACCUUGCCCAGCAGCUCAUGGCCGAUGCUGUGGCCACCUUCCUGCAGCUGGCCGACCAGGGUCUAAGCGCCAGCCUGGACCGCGACCAGGCAGCCCAGCAGCUGGAGAAAGUCUGGGGCCGUGUGCUGAAGAAGCUGUCCUCAGACAGCGCGGCGGCUCGGAGCGAGUUCGUGCGGGGCUGGCUGCUUCGCAUCCUCCUGCCUUUCGUGCUGCACUGCCUGGAGCCCAGCAGCCAAGCGGAGCUGCCCGAGCUGCACGGGGGUGACCUCGGCACAGGCAGCCAGGCCCUGAGCACUGCGGGCAUCCUGGAGGACGUGGUCCGCGGGGUCCUGCUGCAGAGGAUUGACCGAGAGUUGCAGGAGGCCCUGGGUGCGAGCCACACAUCCUGCGGUCUGGUGGGCCACUCACAGCCCCCCUGUGAGCAGGGGACAGCAGUCCUCUUUCUUUUUUUGGUGCCAGGGCCUCUCGAGUGCCAGGCGAGUGCUCUGACUUGGGAUCAGUUCCGGAGCUCAGGGAGAAGUCCCGGCCACCUGUCCCUGUCGCUUGGCGCCUCCGGUCACAACCUCUCCAGCUGCUUCCGGAGCGACUUCCCUGCCUGUGUGAGACCUAAAACCACAAGAUGUACUUUGCCCACCUGCUUGUGAUAAGUGUUCAGCCGUGCCCUGGCAACAACUACCCCAAUGUCCCAGGUGUAACCGUUUGCAGCUUGGGUACGCAAGGCACAACCAAUCAGGUUUAAUUGCCAAUCUAGAACCUUGCUGUAACUACUAUAAAAACCCCUGCUGAUUUGGAGUCGAGGCUCUCAAUCUUGACCCGCUUUGGUGGUGAUGGUUGGGAGUCCCUGCUUGAGCUUGAAUA